GCAAAUUUUCAGGGACUAGUAGCUGCAGGCAGCCGGUGUUGUUGACUGGAAGUCGAUUUCCAUCUUUCAGACUAGUUUGAAUGGGCCGUGUGUUCGGGGAGGGGGGGAGCGCGGGGGAGAGCAGGGAGGAGGAGAUGCUGUGAUCAGAGUUCUUGAAGCUUCACUCCUCAGGGGAAGUCGGGCUGUGAGGGAUCCUUCUUACUGAGCGGAGAGCGUGUGAAUUGGAAAGGCUCGUGGUAGCUGGCUAGUCCCAGUUCCUCUCCGGAAAAGCAGUUGCUCUCGCUUCAGAGAUGCGCCUAGCCUUCUUCGCCUGCAUCACACUGCAUGCUUUAUUACAGUAUUGAAACGACAAACUCAGUUUCACAGUGGAUUCAUGCUGACAAAUUUCAUAUUUUAAAGCUUGAGGUAUUUUGUCAUAAAACAUGCUUGGUGGAAAGUUUGAAGCAUAGAAUUCUGUCAAACACCUGAAUAAAGAAGUCCUCGUCUGGUAUGUAAGAGACGUCCUCACCACCACCAUGACAAAUCAGGAAAAGUGGGCCCACCUCAGCCCCUCAGAAUUUUCCCAACUUCAGAAAUAUGCUGAAUAUUCUACAAAGAAAUUAAAGGACGUUCUUGAAGAAUUCCAUGGUAAUGGUGUGCUUGCAAAGUAUAAUCCCGAAGGGACAAUAGAUUUUGAAGGUUUCAAGCUAUUUAUGAAGACAUUCCUGGAAGCCGAGCUUCCCGAUGAUUUCACAGCACGUCUUUUCAUGUCAUUCAGCAACAAGUUUCCUCAUUCUAGUCCAAUGGUAAAAAGCAAGCCUGCUCUCCUUUCAGGUGGUCUGAGAAUGAAUAAAGGUGCCAUAACCCCUCCCCGUACUUCUCCUUCAAAUACGUGUUCCCCUGAAGUCAUCCAUCUGAAGGAUAUUGUCUGUUACCUGUCUCUCCUUGAAAGAGGAAGACCUGAGGAUAAACUCGAAUUUAUGUUUCGUCUCUAUGACACGGAUGGGAAUGGCUUUCUGGACAGCUCGGAGCUAGAAAAUAUUAUCAGUCAGAUGAUGCAUGUCGCAGAGUACCUUGAGUGGGAUGUCACUGAACUUAAUCCAAUCCUCCAUGAAAUGAUGGAAGAAAUUGACUAUGAUCAUGAUGGAACGGUCUCUCUGGAGGAAUGGAUCCAAGGGGGAAUGACAACAAUUCCACUUCUUGUGCUCCUGGGCUUGGAAAAUAACGUGAAAGAUGAUGGCCAGCAUGUGUGGCGACUCAAGCACUUUAACAAACCUGCCUACUGCAAUCUCUGCCUGAACAUGCUGAUUGGUGUGGGGAAGCAGGGUCUUUGCUGCUCCUUUUGCAAGUACACAGUCCAUGAGCGCUGUGUGGCCAGGGCACCUCCUUCUUGCAUCAAGACCUAUGUGAAGUCCAAGAAGAACACUGAUGUCAUGCACCAUUACUGGGUUGAAGGCAACUGCCCAACCAAGUGUGAUAAGUGCCACAAAACCGUUAAGUGUUACCAGGGCCUGACAGGACUGCAUUGUGUUUGGUGUCAGAUCACACUGCACAAUAAAUGUGCUUCUCAUCUAAAACCUGAAUGUGACUGCGGACCUUUGAAAGACCAUAUUUUACCACCCACAGCAAUUUGUCCAGUGGUACUGGAAAGACAAGCAACAGUGAAAAAGGAAAAAGGUGGUUCCCAACAGCCAAACAAAGUGACUGACAAGAACAAAAUGCAAAGAGCCAACUCCGUUACUGUGGAUGGGCAAGGCCUGCAGAUCACUCCUGUUCCUGGUACUCAUCCGCUUUUAGUUUUUGUCAACCCCAAAAGUGGAGGAAAGCAAGGAGAACGGAUUUACAGAAAAUUCCAAUAUCUACUAAAUCCUCGUCAGGUUUACAGUCUUGCUGGAAAUGGACCAAUGCCAGGGUUAAACUUUUUCCGGGAUGUUUCUGACUUCAGAGUGUUAGCCUGCGGUGGAGAUGGAACAGUGGGGUGGAUUUUGGAUUGCAUAGAAAAGGCUAACAUAGUCAAGCAUCCUCCAGUUGCCAUUCUGCCUCUUGGGACCGGUAAUGAUCUAGCAAGAUGCCUGCGAUGGGGAGGAGGUUAUGAAGGUGAGAACCUGAUGAAAAUCCUAAAAGACAUUGAAAACAGCACAGAAAUCAUGUUGGACAGGUGGAAGUUUGAAGUUAUACCUAAUGACAAAGAUGAGAAGGGAGACCCAGUGCCUUACAGUAUCAUCAAUAAUUACUUUUCCAUUGGCGUGGAUGCCUCCAUUGCACACAGAUUCCACAUCAUGAGAGAAAAACACCCAGAGAAAUUCAACAGCAGAAUGAAGAACAAAUUUUGGUAUUUUGAAUUUGGCACAUCUGAAACUUUCUCAGCCACCUGCAAGAAACUACAUGAAUCUGUAGAAAUAGAAUGUGACGGCGUACAGAUAGAUUUAAUAAACAUCUCUCUGGAAGGAAUUGCUAUUUUGAAUAUACCAAGCAUGCAUGGAGGAUCCAAUCUUUGGGGAGAGUCUAAGAAACGACGAAGCCAUCGCCGGAUAGAGAAAAAAGUGUCUGACAAAAGGACCACGCUCACAGAUGCCAAAGAGUUAAAGUUUGCAAGUCAAGAUCUGAGUGAUCAGCUGCUGGAGGUGGUUGGCUUAGAAGGAGCCAUGGAGAUGGGGCAAAUAUACACAGGCCUGAAAAGUGCUGGGAGGCGGCUAGCUCAAUGCUCCUCUGUGGUCAUCAGGACUAACAAGUCUCUGCCAAUGCAGAUUGAUGGGGAACCAUGGAUGCAGACCCCAUGCACAAUAAAAAUCACACACAAGAACCAAGCUCCAAUGCUGAUGGGCCCUCCUCCAAAAACUGGGUUGUUCUGCUCCCUCGUCAAAAGAACAAGAAACAGAAGCAAGGAAUAAUCCUGCAUCGUUUCUUUCUUAGAGAUCUAAUUAGCAUAAUUGGGCCAUGGAACACUUAUGCUGGAAGUCUUUGAAUCAUUUCAAGUCUCCUGCUCAUGCAAAAUUAUGGAAUUGGUUUAACAGUUUUUGUUACUGAGUUCAUGUAAAAUUCAUCUAUUAGAAAAUUUAUUGUCUCAGAUUUUAUAGGCAUCUUUGCAUGAAGCAAGCAGUUUACAUGAAGUGAUACUGCCUAUUUUUGUUGCAUGCAUUCCCAUAGAUUUUUAUGUCUCCCACCCAUUCCUCUCCCAAUUUCCAUUUCCUAACCUGGGAGAAAAACCUAUGAAAUAUAAACAAGGAAAUGCCAUGGGAAAUGUGAUUCUCAGUGUGAUUCCAUUAUCGAUAAGCACUUAAUCAGUAAUGCUACAAUGAUAAUCGCAGAUUGCUAUGCUUUUCCCUUAGAAUCAGUGUAUCCAUAGUCUUUGACCUAUGACUUAAGGAGAAGCUUUUAAUUGAAAGAAUUUAUUAAAUAGUUGUAUAUGAUACCUUGCUGUAUCUAAAUAGUUUUUCUUUGACAUCUUAAUGCUUCUGAGUGGAAUUUAAAUAUCAGAUAUAACGUUUUCUUGUGCUGAAAAAUAGGAAGUGGUUUUUAUUUUGUUUAGUUUGUUUUUAAUUCCAGAAAUAAGUGAAAACAUGCUACUUGGCAGUACAGUGUGGUCGUAUGACAAGCCUUAUUCCUUUCUGCACGUGAAUCUAGAAGAAUAUUCAUAACCACACCAGUAACCAAAUAGAUAUUUUAAACUAUGUGCCUAAUAAACUGUGUUUCCCACCAAAGACUCAGUAAAAAGACACUUGAGAGAAAUGUUUUAAUGCAUAAUUAAUUGUUGAGAAAAUAUAUGGUUCUUAUGAUUAAUUUUGUGAUUACUAAAACCCUGGAAGAGAGUGAAUUACCCAUUAAUUAUAAUUAAAAUUCUCACUUUUCAUAGACAAUAGGCCAUACAACACAUUCAAAGCUCAAUAUUGUUAACCUAACAGAGGUUAUAUGUAAAAAGCUGAUUUCUUGCUUUUUUGGGGGGUCGUUUAUAAAUAUAAGUAUCUGUAAUAUUUAACGGAUCAGUUAAGUACACUUGAGAAAGUCAAUGACUGUAUCAGUUCCUUUCCAAUCUGAAUUGAGACCUGUAAUAAUAUUGAGCUCAUUGAAGCAAAGCGUGCAUGCAAUUAGCCCCCUCACCUACUUCACUCCCAUCUCUGACAUUUCAAAUGUUUAUUUGGAAAUAAUGGCCUAGAUCAUUGUUUAAGGUGCUCAUGGCAUGGUUGGACUCUCUGUUUAAAGAAAUUAUGGAAUAGUACUUUUUUCAGUGUUUCAUUUAACUUAUGAUAUAAAAUGAAAUGCUAUUUUGAGCAGUUUUGGUAUUGUUCAUUCAUAUUGAUAUGCAUCUCAUCAUUGCAUGUUUUAUGUUUUCAAACAUGCCAUAAAGAAAACAAGUGCUUGAAAUGCAUGAUUUAUUAGUUUCUCUCUUCACUCUGCAUUAAAGUACUAAUGAUUUAUCAGUUCUGUUUUUUUAUUGAUUCAUUCAUCUUUGAAUAACAAAUAGCAUUUAGUGAUUCUGCUGAACACAAUCCUGUGCAUGGAUUUAUGGGUUUCAAGUGAAAUUGCUAUAAUUUUUGUUCUUUGGUUUGAAAACUCAACUGAAUGCUGUUAUAUCAAAUAGCUACUCUCAAGCAAUGUGCCAUAAUGGAAGAUUAUGUAUAAAGCAUAUUCUUUUAGUGUUCCAGGAAUAUUGGAUGGUAAAUAUUAAUCAACAAUAAGUUUAAUUGCUUUGAAAAUAAAAGCUUUUGAAUAAAAUUAAGACUAGCAUUCCCAGGAAAAUUAUUAUUACAAUUGCAAAUGUACCACAGCAAUCACUUGCCCUAGCAUAAUUUAAAAAAUGGUAUUUGGCAGAACUGUAAUCUAGGCCAAAAGAAAUCUCAAAACAGUAACAAAUGUAUUACUGAUAUAAUGUUAUAUAACACACACUUUUUUGUGUGUAUCUUUGGUUAUAGGUAAUAAAUAUCCUCACAUAAACUGACAAAAUUUUCUACAAUGGGCAGGCAGUCUUUGUGUCAAAAACAUAUUCUGAAUUCCACAAAUUAUUUUAUGUUGGGUACAACAUACAAUUAGUUCUUGGGUACCUUUUAGAGUAUAUAGUUUGAAGGCAGCAACAGUUUGUGAAUCAUUUUUAACAAUCUGUACAGUGGAAAGCUGUUGAAUAGACAGUGGGAUGAGACAAAUUAAACAACUUGCCUAUAAGACUUCAAUAAUUGAAAUAAUGGGAUGCAGCUUUACUUCAAUGUAGCUAUGUAACUAUAAUUAUAUAAGUAGUUACAUUUUCAGUCAAUUGGAGUCAUUGGUACCAAUAACAAAUGUUAAAAUAUGGAUCAAAUUUUACUUUUCCCAACUCAUUUCCUAAAGAUACUGAUGUGCUUGCCCUUCAAGUACACUUCUCCUGGGGUUUGGAAAGUAGUUUAUAAAAACAGACUUUGAUGGUUUUGAAAUCACAGAAGAUAUUCUUCCCAUUUUUAUGACAGCUUCAAGUAAAGAACAUUUAUUUUAAGAAAAUUUCUAAACUGAAAGUUCUAUGGUAUAUUAAAAUAUUAAAUAAAAAUGUUAGCAUUACAAGAGAAUUUUUUUCUUCUAUGUAUGUGGGUGACUAUUUGAAUAAUUGAGUCAACCUCUUUUAGACAUAGUGGUACAAAGUUUUAAGUGGCUGAAGCUCUUAAGUAAAAGUUCACACUGAGUUUACAGGGGUCAGAGGAAAAAGAAAAAGAAGAUGCGUACUUUGCUAAACAUUGUUAUACACUUAGUUGAUAAACAGAGAAAGAGAUUCCAGAAUAAACGUGGAUAUCCAUGCUUCUUAUAGGAAUGGAAGUAUCUAUGUAGAACUACAAAUUUUACAGGAUGUAUUUUUCCACUUGCACGCAUAUACCAUGUGUAUUUGAUUCAAAAAAUGCAUGGAAGAAGAAGAGGAAAAAGUAACAUUUUAAAACAAGUUUUUAUUUUUAAACAGGUUAUGCGAUUAUAGCCAGAAUAAAGUAAAAGGCUCAGAUGUUUAGUGUGGUCUACUAGAGGCAGAAAUUUAAAUCCAAUGAGAAUUAAUGAGUCAUGUAUAUGUUUCUGCAUUUUGUUCUUUUUUUUUCUUUUUUAGGGAGAUGGGAAGCAAUUGCAAUUUUCAAGGAAGAAUCUGUUUUGAAUCUCAGACUGUAUUUUACUUGAAUGAGACAAACCUUUUAAAUGGCUCCAUUCAUUUUUCUGUCAAAGUCAAUUUGCUAUUUAUUAGUUACAAAUUGGAAAAUGUACUUUUCAUGGCACAUAUAACUCCAAAUAAUUAUUCAAAUAUAGUACAUAGAUCUUAAAUUAAAUGAUUAAGCCCUUAUAAUAUAUGUUGAGGAUGUAAAAUUUAAUUAAGUAAAACAAACAGAAACCUGCAAAAGAGCUUCUAUUUUGUGAAAGGAAGAAGUCACUCUUCAAAUCUCCCAAUUAAAUUUCAUCUAUUUAAAGUUUGGAUAAAAUCACCUUUGAAGGAUUCUAUACAUCCUUAUGAUAUUUAG